UCGGUAUCAAUCAAAUUCAACUUCAUCAACAAGUCAACUAUCCCUAGUAUAAUACUUUCACAAUGGGUUCCACUCAGCCGCAAUUCAAAAACCCUGCCACCGCCUCCCUCCUGGAGCUGGUCAAGGCCCGCCGCACCUACUACGGCCUGAAGGCCGAGAGCCCCAUCUCUGACGAUGCCAUCGAGAGCAUCGUCGCCGAUGCCGUCCUGCACGUGCCCAGCUCCUUCAACACUCAGACCUCCCGCGUCGUCCUGCUGCUGAAGGAGGAGCACCAGAAGGUCUGGGACAUCGCCAUCGCUGCCAUGGAGGGUCUGGUUGCCGCUGGCCACCUCCCCAAGGAGAACUUUGAGAACCAGACCAAGCCCAAGCUGGAAGCCUUCCGCGCGGGCUACGGAACGGUCCUCUUCUUCGUCGAUUAUGACUCCCUCGCCGGUAUCAAGGAGAAGUUCGCCAUCUACGCCGACAAGUUUGACCCCUUUGCCCUGGAGUCCAAUGCCAUGUCCCAGUACCUUGUCUGGACCGCUCUGGAGUCCGAGGGCUUCGGUGCCAACCUGCAGCACUACAGCCCGCUCGUUGACGAGCAGAUCCAGAAGCAGUGGAACCUGCCGGCCUCUUGGAAGCUCGACGCUCAGCUGGUCUUUGGCGUCCCUACCUCGGAGCCCGGCGAGAAGGCUUUCGCGCCCCUGGAGGACCGCUUCAAGGUCUUUGGCAAAUAGACGCAUUACGAUUGAUGCAAUUCUGGAGUUAGCGCGAUAGAUUAGACUUGCGGAGUCUUGCAUUGGAGGCAUUUCCGUUUGCUCGAAUAGAAUUUUCCUAGUUUUCUUGC